AUGGAUGACACCAAGGAAAUAAUGCCGUCCAGACUCACAGGACUGACACAAGCAGUUGUGGAAAAUGCCAUCGAGAGAGCCUUUAGAGUCUGGAGUGAUGUGACACCACUAACGUUUGAAAGGGUCUUUGAGGAGGAAGGAGAUAUUGUGUUGUCCUUCCACAGAAGAGACCAUGGUGACCUCUACCCAUUUGAUGGAUCUAAAGAUCACUUUGCUCACGCUUUCUUGCCAGGCCCAGGUUUGGGGGGCAAUGUUCAUUAUGAUCUUGAUCAGACGUGGACUGACAGCAGUGAGAAUUUCAACUUGUUCUAUGUUACGGCUCAUGAACUGGGCCACGCCCUUGGACUCACUCAUUCUAAGGAUGAAGAGGCACUAAUGUUUCCCAACUACACAUGGGACAAUAAAGAUUUUGUGCUAAACCAGGAUGAUAUUAAUCGCAUCCAGGCUUUAUAUGGACCUUCCCAAAAUCCCAUGCAGCUAACAGGUGCAACACUAGAUCCAUGUAAUAGUGGUCUAACCUUUGAUGCUAUAACUACAUAUCGGGGGGAGGUGAUAUUCCUUAAAGACAGGUUCUUAAUUCGAGUAAUUAGCUUCCUGCCAGAGCCUUUGAUCAAUGAGAUGGAUCUUAUCUGGCCAAAUCUGCCAGGUAAAUUUGACGCAGCUUAUGAACCUAGUGUAGUAGAUGAACUCCGCUUUUUCAAAGGCAGUAAAGUCUGGGCUGUUCAGGAACAGAAUGUACUGGAAGGAUUUCCCAUGGACAUCCACAGCUACUUUGGUUUCCCUAGCAACGUGACCCACAUUGAUGCUGCUGUCUGUGAGGAAGAGACUGGAAAAACAUACUUCUUUGUUGACCACAUGUACUGGAGGUAUGAUGAAAAUACACGGUCCAUGGAUCCAGGUUAUCCCAGAUUAAUAGCAGAAGACUUUCCUGGAAUUAAUGAUAAAGUUGACGAUGUUUUCCAGAAAGAAGGUAAUUUCUAUUUCUUUCAUCAAUCAAUUCAACACAGAUUUAACCUCCAAACAAGAAAAAUUGAAGAUUCCGGUGAUUUUAGUACCUGGUUCAACUGCUAAAAAUAUUGGCAACUCAUUACCAAGUUAAUGAAAAUCCAUAUUCCAUGAUCUUAAAGAAGACAUUUUUCUGAAGAAUCAAAUAUUUUUAUAUUUUAUUUACCUUUCAGAUCUUCCAAUACAGAGAGAAACUAAGUAUUGUGAAAGUUUAUAAAACUUAUACAUAGUAUAAUAUUUUGUGAACUAAAACAGUUUAGUACCAAUUAGUAGCCUAAGAAGGUCAUGUCCUGGCUGAAGAGUCA